UGUAUUUUCGAUAAAAACAGAUAUUGAAAGCCUGAUAAAGAAAGUCUUUUCAAAGUGAAGAAUGAUAAUGAGGGAUUUCCGGAGCUUCCUCGCAGAGGAAAACAAGCGCGAUGCAAAAUCCAUAAUUAUUCUUCAAGAAGACUUCACACAUAUACAAUUGGCAUGCAACGAAAGUUCGAACUCCCUGAUAGCGGUGAAUCUGUGGGUCGCAAUGGUGGGGUAACAUCUUUAUUGGUAUUCCUGUUGUGUUCGCAGCGCCUUAUUUAGCGAUCCGUUCGUGCCAGAACUUGUCAGGUGUUACAAUACAUCUCGAAACCGAACCAGAGUCCGCAAUGCGUCCACAGCUCUCGUUGGAUAUAAAUCGCCGGGAAACUUGCGAGAUAUAGUUUCUUCUCCUGUGGAAAGGAUAGUAAGGGUGCACGAACGAGCGUACGUGUGAUUGUAAGUUAAUUUUUGCAACCUGCAAUCAUAUAUGGGACGUACAAAAGGUCAACAAUUACGUUAUUACGACGAAAAUACAAGUGCAGGAUGGCGGUCUUGUUAAUUCUUCAUCGUCUCAGAUUCUUAUAAACCCUUCUAUUUUCUCCAUUAUUGAAUUUCUACCUUCGCGAAGCUGAUUUUUCUAUCAAUAUUAAUUUAAAAUAAAACGAGAUCUAAAUUUUGAAGAUCUAGGAUGGCGACCAAAUAAUAUUAGUAAGGAUAAACCGGAACUCGGACCCAUAAAUUGCUCGCGAAAACGCGACGUUGACUGGUACUUUUCAAGAAACAUAUUUCAAGACGUCACCGGGACAGCGUGGGACAACAGGGAUGUUUUUACAACUGGUUUACGAUGGUAUAUAUUUGACGAAUCGCGCGAGUCGCUGGCAAUGUACAAAGUUCCAUCGACGAUGAAGAUAUUCCUCGUGUAUUUCCUUAUCUGGGGAUUGGCGAGCGAUCAGGUUCUCGCUUCGGAACAGUCGCUUGCCGAUGCCUCCGUCGAUUCUUCCGCGACGAGCUCCGCUCUCGAGAAUCCGCUACCGGAACAGGGAUCAUUGGCCAGUUCCUCCAGCAAUGCCAACAGUCAAGUGGAUGGUAAUCAGGGAUUUGAAGCAGAAUCUCAAGCGCUGGCAGAAGCUAUUUCGAAUGCGAUCGCGCAUGGAGACAUUUCGGUGAAUGCUGACGCCAACGCAACUGCGCAAGUAGUCUCCUUAACAGAUCUCUUGCAGCAAAACGGUGAAACUUCCGCGGACGCGGAAUCUCUGGCAAAACUAAUUGCGGAGUCUCUAUCCAAGGCGCAAACUACAACUUCGGAGUCCGGAUCAGUAAAGAGGAAGUACUUUGUGACGAAUUAUUCUACAUCAUCAUCUUCCUCUUCAUCUUCGUCUUCAGAAUCGGACAGUUCUUCCACGGCAUCUUCGAGCUCGACAGCCACAGCCGACGCAACAUCUGAGUCCAACGCUGAAUCUUCUUCAUCCUCCAGCGCGUCAUCUUCCUCCGAGAGCAACAUCGAUAUUUCGGCGAAGGCUAUCGCUAAAGCGGAAGCCCAAGCGAAGGCGGCUUCAAAGGCGGCGGUGGUCGCACGAGCGGAGGCCAAGGUCCAGGCCAAAGCAGCCGCUCGAGCCGAGGCGGAAGCAAACGCGGCGGAAAGCGCGAAAGCGCGGGCGGAAGCGAAGGCGCGAGCCGAGGCCGAAGCUCGGGCGCAAGCGGAAGCGCGUGCGGAAGCUUCCGCGCGUGCCGAGGCAAAGGCUAAGGCGGAGGCAUCGGCCAAGACGAAGGCCAAGGCGCAGGCUGAAGCCAAAGCUAAAGCCGAAGCUAAAGCACGAGCCGAGGCGGAAGCGCGAGCUGCGGCAUCCGCGCAAGCUGAGGCUGAAGCUCGAGCGGUGGCCAAGGCCGAGGCAGAAGCAUCCGCGCGAGCAGAAGCGAUCGCUCGAGCGGAAGCGGAGGCGCGUGCUAAAGCGGAAGCUCGAGCAGAAGCAUCGGCGCGAGCCGAGGCUAAAGCGAAAGCUGAAGCUAAGGCGAAGACAAAAGCCGCGGCUAUGGCCAAGCUGGUCGCGCUGACUAAGACAGUGGCUGAGGCUUAUGCUAAUGCUAUAGCUAAAGCCAAGGUGUCCUCCAAGAAGAUUGCGAUAGCAAGCAAGGCCACGAUGCGCGCAGCGAAGGCGAUCAAGCUGGCAUCUUCGGCGCAAGAUGAAGCCGCCAUCAAGGCCUCCAUCGCCGAAGAGGCGGCCGCGGCCGCUUCCGUUGCCGCCGGCGAAGCGAACGCCGCAACAGCCGCGGUCCAGGCGGCUCUGAUGCUGACUCUGAUGAUCUGCCAGUCCGCGGAUUUCUCCCAGAAAACGGCUGCCUCUUAUUCCUUAGAACUUGUAAAAGCAGCCACGGCUAGCGCAGCCGCCAUCAAUUUCGUUGAAACCAAGGCAUACAACAUCGAGGAGAUAAUCGCUUCAGCGAGAGCUGCCGCUAAAGUAGCUUCGUCCAAGCAUGCGGAAAGUAAUCAGAAAAUUGAAGAAUUGGAAAUGUAUGAAAAAGUGAUCAAAGAAGGCAGCUCUAAGGCCGCUGCCGCGCAAUCCGUUGUUUUGGAGUACGCGCAGAAAUUCUCUCGCGAAAUGGAAGAAACGGCUAAAAAGCAAGCCUCCGCAUCUGCCAAGCAGGAUUCGAGAACUGCAAUUUUGGAGUCGAUCAUUGCGGCGCAAGCGAAUCCUCUCAAUGUUGUAAGAGAUGGAAUUGUUGUUGGCUUGGGCGACACGCCGAAGGUGUCGAUCAAACUUGUCGAAGUAAUAAAAGCAAAACAUUCGUGGACGCGGCGGUAUCGGGCAUCAAUUCGCGAAGAAAUCUCGUCGAAAAUGAAGAUCCCAGCGAUAAUCGCAACGAGCCUCCUCCUCUGGGGUUUCGUCGACGCCAGCCAGCCGUUCAUCCUCGGCAAAUCGGCCUCGUCCGCGUCCGCUGCCGCCUCGGCCGACGCAUCGGCAGGUGGCUGGGGGAUCAGCGGCGCCAAAGCGGGUGCGUCCGCGUCCGCGGCCUCCAAGGCCGGUAGCAGCUACAUCCUCAGCCGCGCAGGAGCUUCGACCGCGGCCGCGUUGGUGGCAUCCGCCGCGGUGGAGACCAAGGCAGCUCUGCGCGCCGGACAGGCAACCGCCCAAGAGCAGCAGGAGGCGCUCCACCUGCUCUCCGCGUCCGCCGGGAAAAACGCCGAGGCACGCUCCUUGGCCGACGAUGCGGCUGUUCUGGUACAGGGUGCCGCCGAGGCGCAGUCAGUAGCCACCGCGAAGACGGUCGCGGUCGAGCAAGCGGCCGCCUCUCUGGGUGCAGCUGCCAUCGAAGCGGAAGCCGCCGCCGCCACGUCUAAGAUAUCGGCCGGGGUGGCCCUCCAAGCCGUGCAGACCGCCGCCGCCACCAUCAAAACCUCCGCUGGUAGCGCCUUGCUGACUCUCCAGUUGGCGCGGAAGGCCGGAGCGACUUCCGCAAAUGCCGCCGCUCAGGCAGAGAAGGCGGCAGCUCUGAAUCGUGAGGCUAACGCUGCCGCUCAGCGAGCUAUGGCGGCUGAGAGUGCGGCCACCGCAGCAGCGGCCAUCGCUGCUGCCAAACAAUCCGAGGCGAGGGACGCCGAAGCCGAAGCCAAGGCAGCGAUGACCGCGCUUAUGACCGCCCAGAGGAACUUCGUGCAGGCCAAGAGCAGGGCGGUCGCGGCCAGCGAAGUGGCCGAAGAGGACACGCAGUCUAGAGCGGCCGAUGCCGAGGUGAACGCCAGCGCCCAGGCGGCUUCCAAGUCCAGCAUCCGCAAGAAGGAGCUUAUUGAGAUCGGCGCGGAAUACGGCAAAGCCAGCGGCAAGGUGAUCGUGACCGGCACGCACUCCUCCGGUGGUAAGGGUGCCGUCGUCACUGCCGAGGCCCAGAGCAGCGCGUCCGCCGUUGGCAUCAAGAAGGGAGGGCAUCAAUGGGGAGAUAAAUGGGGAGAUAAAUGGGGAUACAACUGGGGUCACGGAUACGACAGCUCGCAAGCGUCAGCGUCCGCUGAUGCGGAAAGUUCCGCCGACUCUCUCCUUUUGUAAAACGCGCGAGCAAAACUGCGCUUCUCUUCAGUCAUUCUUGCGUAGCGGAGGAUAAUACAAGUCUUGAUUUAUCACGAAUUGUCCUAGAUUAGAGCGCGAUUACAUACCGGCAGAUAUUGAAAAAAAAUUAACAAAAAAAGCAGCGAUUCCAAAUUCGAGAAAUGUAAGAAUAAAAAUAUAUUGUUAUAGCAGAGACAUAUA